GGAUAAAACCAAAACAAACCAGUAAAACCUGAAGGGGGGAGAGAGAGAGAGGGAGAGAGAGAGAGCUCAGCUCAUGAGGUGCCAAGGAACAGGAUAAUCAAAGAUGCAAACCCUUCUUCAACCCUGUAAGUCUCUCACUAUCUUCAGCUCCUCACUGCCACCUCAUAGCAACAACUUAGUUAUCACGCAAAGUAGCAUAGUCCAUCAAAACAAAUGUCCAAAAUCCCCGUGUUUUCACUCAUUCUGUACUUCUGGUUCUUCGGCCAAGAACCCCCCACUUUGGAGAAGUGCCCACAUUUCAUUAUGCUCUCAAAAUGAUGCAUUUGAUGAUUUCUCGAGUACCCAACUGCCUGAAAAGGCACAGGAUGAUAGAAUUCAAGAGAAUGAGGAGCUAGAAUUGUUAAAUAAGCCAUCUCCAGUGGUUUUUAAUAAUGGUUUAGAUGUAGAAGCUGUUAAGGAAUCUGAAAAACCUGGUAAAGAUGAGGCCUUGGCGCCUUUUUUGAAGUUCUUUAAGUCUAAUGAUUCAUUGGAUGGAGUGAGUGAGGAUGAUGGUGAUUCAGGUGUUGUAGAGGAGAGAAUUGACAUGGAUAAUGAAGAUAAGGAGGCUAGGAAGAUUAAUGUGGAUUAUUAUAACCCAAAACCUGGUGAUUUUGUGGUUGGGGUUGUGGUUUCUGGUAAUGAGAGUAAACUUGAUGUGAAUAUUGGGGCAGAUUUGUUGGGUACGAUGCUAACAAAGGAGGUGCUGCCUUUGUAUGACAAAGAGUUCGAGUUUUUGUUGUGUGAUACGAAGAAGGAUGCCAAGGAGUUUAUGGUUAAAGGGAAGAUGGGAAUUGUUAAGGAUGAUGUUGCAAUGAGCAGGGGCCCACCAGGGUUAGGGAAGCCUGUUGUGGAGACUGGAACUGUGUUGUUUUCAGAGGUUCUUGGAAGGACGCUGAGUGGAAGGCCACUGCUUUCCACUAGACGACUUUUCCGGCGGAUAGCUUGGCAACGAGUGAGGCAGAUCAAAGAUCUGAAUGAACCUAUUGAGGUUAAAAUUUCAGAAUGGAAUACUGGGGGCCUACUUACGAGAAUUGAGGGAUUGCGGGCUUUCCUGCCAAAGGCUGAGUUGUUGAAUAGAGUGAACAAUUUCAAGGAGUUGAAAGAAAAUGUGGGUCGCCAAAUUUAUGCACUGAUUAAUCGAAUAAACGAGUCUAAUAAUGAGUUGAUACUCAGUGAAAGGGAAGCUUGGGAAAUGAUAAACCUUAGGGAGGGAACACUUCUUGAAGGAACUGUUAAGAAACUUUUUCCAUAUGGAGCCCAAGUAAGAAUAGGUGAAACUAACCGUAGCGGGCUGCUGCAUGUCUCAAACAUCACACAGACUCGUUUUUCAUCUGUCAGUGACUUGCUUAAAGUUGAUGAAAAGGUUAAAGUCCUAGUUGUAAAGUCAAUGUUUCCUGACAAAAUAUCUCUCAGUAUUGCUGACCUUGAAAGUGAGCCUGGUCUGUUUGUAUCAAACAAGGAGGUCAGAAAGUGUUUGCUGAGGCAGAAGCGAUGGCAAAGAAGUAUCAGCAAAAUCUACAAGCCAGUUCAACAAAUUUGAAGUCAGAAAUCCCUUCAAGCAAGAAUACCCUAUCUUCUGACAUUGAGGCAGCAUUAUACGCAAACUGGAAGUGGUUCAAAUUUGAAAGGGAGUGACUGGACUAAGUUUGCGGAGGAAUUGGACCUUGUUCUUCUCUCACCAAAACUUAAAAACGCCUCAUCAUGGAAAAGGGGAAGAACUCUUAACAGGCCAUUAUUCUGUCUGUGCUACAGAAAUCAAAUUUUUGGGCUUGUGAGUUGUGUUUCAGUUUCAAAAUCAGAUUGGAAAGUCUGCAACAGCAUGGAAGUACGUAGUUCUGUCCAAUUAUUGUACACAAACAUGUGAUAUGCAUCAAUUCUUCUUUUUCAUAGCUCUUAGCACCAUAUUUUUUUGAUCUUCUAAAGGGCAAGCAUAGUUUAAAAUGGUGCUUUCGCUCACCAUGUCAAGUGACUGAUAUAUUAUUGCCUUCAUAGGCACCUGCGUAUUGUGGCACCUCAAAGGUUAUCGCUUUCCAGCUACAUUGAAUUAGCCCGAUGAGGCUGUGUUUAGCCUGUUCAUCUGUCUAGUCUUUUUUAACAUAGAUAUAUCGUUGCUCUUAA